ACUCCAAGUUUCCUGCCGGUCAGCGGCAACGGGACGCUUUCCGCAGCUACUGUCCGGAUCCGCAGGGCGUACCAGACCACCUAAAACCAAACCACCAAGCACUCCGCCAAUACGAGCAGGCGUUCGAGGUGCUGGUCUUCUUUCUGGGGGCCCCGUGGACACUGUGGACGGUAUGGAGAGAGCUGCUCCGCCACGUUCCCUACGGGACGGUUGGCAAUCGUUAUCCAAUCAGAAUCCUCCAUUUAGAGAACGUUCUCAUUGUUGCAGACGAUACACUUUUUGGUUCAAUGCACUGCGUAAAGAGCUCCACUCUACAAUUUCAGAGGCGCUGCAAUGGACCACGACGCUGCCGCUCCUGCCACCCCGGAAGGCGACAACUCGACGCGCUGCGAGGCUUGCAAGUCCUGUGGCGCGAUUCUGGAGCUGGACGGAUGCGGACAUCGCUUCCACCCUCGCUGCAUCUUCGCAUGGCCAGCGACACACUGCGAGGUGUGCAACGAGCCCGUGAGCAACGUACUCGUGUUCCGUGAAAGCAAGAACCGGUCGAACACGAGUGCGCGUAAGGGCAAGUGGAGUAUCGAUGAGCACAAAUACGCCAACCUGCUGAUGAAACAGUUCAAGCUGGGUGCGCUGCCGCUCGCGGAUGGGCUGCACCUGCGCGUGUUCAUGGCCAACAUGCUGCAGUGCGACCCGCUGCGCGUGACCAAGAAAUACACGGGCCAGGCUAUCGGCAAGCAGAAUUUCUUCUACCAACGCGAGAAGAACUACUGCUACAAUCUGCACGUGAAGCUCCAGAAGCAGCUCUCGAACCUACGCAACCACUACUAUUGGCACGUCCAGUACCGCUGCAAGUUCGGGCCCAACCUCAACAUCCAGGAGCUCAAAGCUGCUGAGGCGGACUACUGGACCCGUGAAUUCUGCAAGUUUGCCAAGAAAAUCGGACAAAAGGUCGAAUUCACCAGCGUCUCGGCAAGUGACGCCUGUCCCUCCACUAAGAGCGUCAUCGCUCCGCGUCCAGCCUCAGAGACUAAUCAGAGAUCCGACGAUGAUGCAACCCCCGAACAAGUCGUACUUCCCCCAGUCUCCAGCCUCAUAACGCGCGUUCCCGUCGUGAAAGUCGAGGACAAUACGAAGUUGACUGCGACCGCGAAGGAGGACAACAGCGCGCCGUCCAUGAAGGAUGGAGUCAGCUUGAUGCUUGGAUUCGCUUCGACCAUGGACCAGUCCCCCUCGCCUCUAAGUGCUGACGAGUGGAAUGACCCGUCCGCCUUCGUGGAUUUGACUCUGACAGACCUGUCGCAAGAGGAGCUGUCAGAUGGAGAUGCCACACUCAAGCCCUGCGCUCAGGAGAUCCUGAAGAAGAGCAACUGGAUGAACGACUGGAUGAAGGAAGCUGAGCUUGACUGGAGCAAGGGCGCGAUCUCUUGGUCACUUUCACUUUCCACGGAGCCGCUGGCAGACUUUUCGUAAGUCGGCCUGUGUGACAACGACACUCCACCAACUUCUACUACCAGUCACGUCAGUUAGCAAGAAGCACGCUGCAGCGUAGGCAUUAUACUACUACUUGGAAGACAUUGAUAAUUUAUUCGGCAUCUACUCCUGACACCAGUACGGAUGUGAAGCAUGUAAAAUGGCAACAAUCUGCACCACAUCCAAACCUCACGGGCUUUAAACACUUAGCUAGCCGCUGCGACGUUCGUUUGCGAGGCUCGUGGGCCUGGCGGCGAAGCUCUGUAGUCGUUCCUUGACCUUGCGCAGCUUUCGUCUCCGCUGGGUGGCGAUCCGUCAGCAGUCGUAGCUGUGGACGAGUUGUCUGCAUCAACAGGCGGCUCGAACUCCGGACUCACAGGUUGCGAUAGCUGCGAGGGUGUAGCCGGGGACUGUAGAUUCAUGGGCAUGGCCUGGCCGGGUGUAUCCGAGGCGCCGUGCGACCCCAGGAAUCCUGGACUGGUCGUGUCCACCUCGUAGUAAGUGGUGCUGAACCAGCGUGAGAGCACGCUCUUACAGCAGAAGGCCGAUCCAAUAGCCCCCGUCCAUGUGAUCUCAGCAUUCGCGGCGUCUUUCGACUUGUACGUCUGGUUGUCCAUCGCGAUCUUGUGCGCCUUCUCCCGUGAUACCGACAUCGCAGCAGCGCGCUGAGCGGCCUUCGUGGUGCCCUGAUGCGGCGCCACCUCAUACUUGGCGUUGAGCAUCUCAAAGAGCUCAACUUCGCGGCCGUACCAGCCGUCGAUGAUGGUGUCGAUGGUGGCGUUGUCCAAUUUGGCCGGGUUGUAGGCACGGUAGAACUCUACUAGCGCAUCGCGCGUUGGUAAGGUGGCGUCAUAUUCGGCGCGGUCGUUUGGGUUCGAUAGCACCGCGUACGCCGCCGGCACACCCUCCCACCGCGCCAGUGCCUCGGGCGACGGUUUCCUGUCUGGGUGGCACUUGAGUGCCAACUUUCUGUAAGCCUUCCGGAUCUAAAACAACAAUAGCAGCGAGGGGGUCUCCGUUAGUUCCGCACAAUUUCUCCUAUCUACCCUCUGCUGCUGACGCACCUCCGUGUGUGACGCGUCGCGAGAGAUCCCCAGCAGCUCGUAGUGGUCCUUGUAGUGCACCUCGUGCUUGUCCAGGUCGCUCGACUGCAUUUUGUACUUCUUCAUGUACUCACGGUGCUGCUCCA